GCGAUCGCGCCGGUCGUACUUUUUGCAUGGCAUGCGCUACCCGCCACGCUUGUGUACAGAGAGAAGUUGAAUUGAUUCAGUGUCGGUGUUUAAGACCUCAUGGAAAAGACGGUCGAAUAAAUGAUACAACUCGGUGCAGUGUUAGUGUUAAAGAAAAUUUGAUAAAAAAAAUCGGUUGACAAACCCUGAAACAAUUGUUCUGAAACGUGAGUAAACUGUUUAAGUUUUAUGGUAUGAUGUUUCAAAAGUGGCAGCUUCAGUACAUCAGGUGCAGCGCAUCGAUUUAUCCAUUCUGCUUAACCAGUCGGUAGGUAGGUAUUCACGUUUGGUAGCAGAAAUGAAGCGAUAAAGUAAUCAGCAAAGUGAAAAAAAAAACUUACACCAAACCAGACACUCAUUAAAAACAAAUAAAAUGAUAAGUGCGCAAACAGUGAGCUGAGCGAGUGCAUAAACACCGACCGACCGCGCAUGCACAAUUUAUGCGCGACAGCCCAGCAGAUAUCCAUGAGACAAGAAAACGAAAUUCGUGACGUUCCGUGGCAAAAGGAAAGCAAAAGUCGGAGAAAUGGUUCCCUGCUGGGGCAGCAGUAGCAGCAGCAGCAACAACACUUGUCACGACAUCGGGAUCCAGUAGAAGUUCCCCUACUCGCCCACUAGCACCCUCAACCAGAUGAAACUUCGCACGCCAAAGCACAACGAAAAAUGACAAACCUAAACAAACUCAAGGUGGUCGUCAUUGGCAGCUCCAAAGUGGGAAAAUCAGCCGUCACCGUGCGAUACCUAACGAAACGUUACAUUGGAGAAUACAGCUCUUCAAGAGAUUUCGUCUACCGACACAGCGUCAUCUACGAUAAUGUCACGACUGAGGUGGAAAUUCUGGACACCUCCAAAUGCGACAAACGGGGCUGCUUGUACGAGCACCUCCGCUGGGGCGACGCGUUCGUCGUGGUGUACUCCAUCUGUGAUAAGGCCAGCUUCGAGGAGGCCGCCGACUACCUGCAGCAGCUGACCAAGCUCAAGCUGCCGUCCUACUACACGAUCCUGCUGCUCGGGAACAAGAGCGACCUCGAUCAUGCAAGGGAAAUCUCCGUCAACGACGGCCAGGAGCUGUCCUUCCGCUACUCGUGCCAGUUCUACGAAGUCUCGGCGGCGGAGAACUUUGCCGGCGUCUCACUGGCCUUCCAGUCGCUCAUCCGUGAGGCCCGCUCGACCCAACUGUUCCGGGCGCUUCCCCUCCGCCGGAAACUGGGCGUCAACAGCGUUUCGAAGGCGCUCGGUAACAUCUUCGGCAAAAACAGCAAAGGCGAACGGAAGAAGAGGCCCUCGCUCAGCAUAUGACGUCCAGCAUCGACGACGGCGGCGAUGGUGGACCUCGACGAUUCGAGAAGUAUUUUGUAAAUAGACAACUUUUGAGCAACUGUACAACAAAUAGUCGGUAGGAUUCUAGACGUUAAGAGACUAUUGUUUAGUUAUAGGUAUAAGACAAUUUCCUUUAUAAGCUAGCAACCAUUCCCGGACGGAGUUGUAAAAUAUGUCAUUUUUACGGACAAGAUAUUGUAAAUAGCUCAAACCCUUGAGAAAAAGUUUUAAUUUUACGUGUAAGUGAUGUAAAAACAAACGAUUAACAAAUAGUUGUUAGCAGCAAGCUGAACCCAUGAACAAAUCGAUUUUAUUUUAUUUUAUGGACACGUGACGUUCCUAUUUGUGUUAGUUUGUAAGUGCGCGCACUGUACUUUUGAGACUUUUGAAACAAAAUUUGAACCUGAAUAAAACAGAACGAAUUGGA